AAAUAAAAAACGAAUGCGAUAAAGGCUUUGUGUUAAAGUCCUUUGUGAAAGAGGACCGCUCGGUCAACGAUGGCGGCGCCCGGCGGAACGUUAAAUUGUGAGGACUUUUCCAUGUUUCAGGAGGUCCUGAGGCUAAUGCGCAACAUUGACGAUCGCAUCGUCCACGCCCUAAACACCACCGUGCCCACUGUCUCCUUCUCGGCCAAAAUUGACGCUACACAAACUUGCAAGCAACUGUAUGAUUCGAUGAUAGAGGCCCAUCUCAGCCGGGACAAAGCCAUCAAGGCAUGCAUCACGCACACAUCCGAGGUUGUAGGGCAACUGCGGGAGGCAAGACUGAAGAACAAUGCCGACAUAGCUCUCAUCAAACGGCUCAGGAAGGAGCAGACCAAACUAAAGCUCAUGCAGUCCGAGCUGAAUGUCGAGGAAGUCGUCAAAGAUAGAAGUCUGAAGGUUUUUAACGAAAGGUGCCGAGUACACUACACGCCUCGCAAGGUGAAAUGAUGGUUUGUUCCAUCCAAAUGACUGAGAACCGAUCCAGAAACUGUGACCAUGCCACUGGCAUCUUGGCUUCAGAAUGCCUGCUCACAUCUACCAUGCUUCGUUCUGUGUGUGUUGAGUUGAUGACAAAUAUUGUACUUUUUUUUUUCAAAACAUUAAACUGAAAUGUUUAUUAACAGACAA